AUGAGGGGACCCCGAGCCUAGUCGGCCAAUAGCAACAACGGUCUGGGUAUAAAUACUGAAGCCCAUCACCUGGUAGAGUUGGGCAACCCUUACAAUUGGUGGACAGGAUCUGAUCCCGGGAUCUGUUAACUCUUUCUUUUCUCCUAAGCAGGUGGAGUAAGAAUCGCAACCAUGGCGAAGAAUUGUCACAACGACUACAAAAUGAAGUUCUCCAAGGACGAGGAGUUCCCCGAUCUGUCCCUGCACAACAACCACAUGUCCAAGGUGCUGACCAAGGAGAUCUAUGAAAAGCUGAGGGGAAAGUCCACCCCCAGCGGCUUCACCGUGGAUGACGUCAUCCAGACUGGUGUUGACAACCCUGGUCACCCCUUCAUCAUGACUGUUGGUUGCGUUGCUGGUGAUGAGGAGUGCUACGAGGUCUUCAAGGAUCUGCUGGACCCCAUCAUCUCCGACCGUCAUGGUGGAUACAAACCCACCGACAAGCACCACACCGACCUGAACUUCGAGAACCUGAAGGGUGGUGAUGACCUGGACCCCAACUACGUGCUGUCCAGCCGUGUUCGUACCGGCCGCAGCAUCAAGGGAUUCACCCUGCCCCCCCACAACAGUCGUGGAGAGCGCAGAGGCAUUGAGAAGCUGUCCAUUGAGGCUCUGGCCAGCCUGGACGGUGAGUUCAAGGGAAAGUACUACCCCCUGAGCGGCAUGACCGACGCCGAGCAGGAUCUGCUGAUCGCUGAUCACUUCUUGUUCGACAAGCCCGUGUCUCCCCUGUUGACCUGCGCUGGUAUGGCCCGUGACUGGCCCGAUGGCAGAGGCAUCUGGCACAACGACAACAAGACCUUCCUGGUCUGGGUGAACGAGGAGGAUCACCUGCGUGUCAUCUCCAUGCAGCUGGGAGGCAACAUGAAGGAAGUCUUCAGACGCUUCUGCGUUGGCCUGCAGAAGAUUGAGGAGAUCUUCAAGAAGCACCAGCACGGCUUCAGUUGGAACGAGCAUCUCGGUUACAUCCUGACCUGCCCCUCCAACCUGGGAACCGGCCUGCGCGGUGGUGUGCAUGUUAAGCUUCCCAAGCUCAGCACACACGCCAAGUUCGAGGAGAUCCUGACCAGACUGCGUCUGCAGAAGCGUGGAACAGGUGGUGUGGACACAGCCUCCGUGGGUGGUGUGUUCGACAUCUCCAACGCUGACCGUCUGGGCUCCUCCGAGGUGGCACAGGUCCAGCUGGUGGUUGAUGGUGUCAAGCUGAUGGUUGAGAUGGAGAAGAAGCUUGAGAAGGGAGAUUCCAUCGAUGGCAUGAUCCCCGCCCAGAAGUAAAGUGGACAGACAACCAAUGACUGAAUGACUGUCUGUUUGUUUUUUUUACAUUAUAAAAAAUGAACGGAAACUUUGUUGUAAAGUUGUUUUGCUGGUUCUGGCCAACUGGCUACUUUCGGCUCACUUCUUUCCAUCUGCGCCUUCCUUUCUUUCUUACUUCUGGUAACCUUACUCAUCUUUACCUUCCUGUCCUUUGUCUCUGAUUCCUAAUUUCAUGUUACUUUAAUCACCUCUCUGUCCAUCUUCUCUGUAACAUCCUGGGAUCAAUCCAUACAUAGUCUGGUCAUGGCUAUGUAUGCGCACGUAAAAAUGAUUUAUUUAGGUUGAAAAUGAUAACUGGACAAUUAAACUACACCCCAUUUAACAAUCAAA